UGCAUAAUCAUCUUCACCAAUUUAAGCGUAUAUGAAAGAAAAUUGUAUAGACAUUUUUCUUAGAUAAUAUAAAAAUACAAAAUGACUACGCUUGAAGACAAAGAAAUCUGGAAGGAUGCAGAAGAAGGAUUAGGUGCUGAAGUUUUAAGAAUGGGAAAUGAUGAACUAAUUAGUAGAACAAGAUUAUUAGACAAUGAAAUUAAAAUUAUGAAAAGCGAAAUCUUACGUGUAUCACAUGAACAACAUGCUAUGAAAGAAAAAAUUAAAGAAAAUGUUGAGAAAAUAAAAGUUAAUAAAACUCUUCCUUAUUUAGUAUCAAAUGUAGUUGAGAUUCUUGAUGUUGAUCCUCAAGACCAGGAAGAGAUUGAUGGAGCAAAUGUUGAUUUAGAUUCUCAGAGAAAAGGAAAAUGUGCAGUUGUAAAAACUUCAACUCGUCAAACAUACUUCCUACCUGUAAUUGGUCUUGUAGAACCUGAAAAUCUUAAACCAGGAGAUUUAGUAGGAGUAAACAAAGAUUCUUAUCUUAUUCUUGAAACGUUACCAUCAGAAUAUGAUGCCAGGGUCAAAGCUAUGGAGGUUGAUGAGCGUCCUACUGAACAGUAUAGUGAUAUUGGUGGUCUUGACGCACAAAUUCAAGAACUCAUAGAGGCUAUAGUACUCCCAAUGACUCACAAAGAGCGUUUUGAAAGGUUAGGUGUAUCACCACCCAAAGGUGUUUUGUUAUAUGGCCCUCCUGGCACUGGGAAAACACUACUUGCUCGUGCAUGUGCAGCUCAGACCAAAUCAACCUUUUUAAAACUUGCAGGACCACAGCUAGUCCAAAUGUUUAUCGGUGAUGGUGCUAAACUUGUGCGAGAUGCAUUUGCACUUGCAAAAGAGAAACUCCCUGCUAUUAUAUUUAUCGAUGAACUUGAUGCUAUUGGUACAAAGCGCUUUGAUAGUGAGAAAGCAGGUGACAGAGAAGUACAACGAACUAUGUUAGAACUGCUAAAUCAGUUAGAUGGAUUCAGCUCAACUUCACAAAUAAAGGUAAUAGCAGCAACCAAUCGAGUUGAUAUUUUGGAUCCUGCUUUGUUACGCUCUGGUCGUCUAGAUAGAAAAAUAGAGUUUCCUAAUCCGACAGAAGAAGCUCGUGCUAGAAUACUUCAAAUUCACUCUCGCAAAAUGAACGUUAGUCCUGAGGUUAAUUUUGAAGAAUUGGCACGCUGUACAGACGAUUUUAACGGAGCCCAAUUAAAAGCAGUUUGUGUUGAAGCUGGUAUGAUAGGGCUGCGACGAGAAGCCACAGAGCUUAGUCAUGAAGAUUUUAUGGAUGGUAUACUUGAGGUCCAAGCCAAGAAAAAGUCAAAUUUGGUUUAUUACGCUUAAUUUAAUCAUCAACGUAAUUAUUUAUUAUCAAACGUUUAUUAUUACUUUUGUUAAGUAAAUGCUAAAGGUUUAUGAAAA